AUCUACGUAUAGUAUGCUAUUUUACUUACGUAACAUUGUUAUAUUUCGUUUUGAAUGUUUUUAUAUCCUAUAUUUUUAAAUUUAAUUAUAAGCUGUUUAUUUGGAAUAAUUCCAUUGAUAAUAAUUUCCUUUUUGUAUAUUAUGUUUUUUUGUUUUAUGUAUAAAAGAGUUAUAUAGCAACAAGUUAUUAUUGGUGUUAUUAUUACUUAACUGUUUCUUAUUGCUGAAAGAGUUAUCUCAGGGUCAUCUCACAAUGAUUCUAAUUGAAGUAGAGCAUUCAGUUGAAUUCUCUUAGUGAAAGAUAUAAAACUUACGAAUCUAUUCUAAAGAAUAUGGACAUGGAUUACUUUGUGGGUGUUGAUGUAGGAACAGGAAGUGCUCGAGCUGCUCUGGUAUCCUCUAAAGGGAAGAUAGUAAAAUUGGCAACAUGCCCACUUGAAAUUUUUCAUCCUGCUCCUAAUUUUUAUGAACAGUCAUCUGAUAAUAUUUGGAGUGCAGUUUGCCAUGUAGUAAAGUCAGUUGUGGCUGAUAUUUCAGCAGAUAAUGUAAAAGGUAUUGGUUUUGAUGCUACAUGUUCAUUGGUUGCAAUUGAUAAAACAGGAUCACCAGUUACAGUUAGUCCAACAGGAGAAGAUAAACAAAAUGUUAUAUUGUGGAUGGAUCAUAGAGCACAAGAAGAAGCUGAUUUUAUAAAUGCCCAAGAUCAUGAUAUGCUUCAGUAUGUAGGUGGAAAAGUAUCAUUAGAAAUGCAAACUCCUAAAAUGUUAUGGCUGAAAAAAAAUCUAUCUUCAUCUUGGAAUCGUGCAGCAUUGCUAUUUGAUCUGCCUGAUUUCUUAACAUGGAAAGCAACAGAUUCUGAAUCAAGAUCUUUAUGUUCUUUAGUGUGUAAGUGGAAUUAUAGUGCUGGUCCUGAUGGUAACAAUAAAUGGAAUGAUGAAUUCUUUGAACAAAUUCAUUUAAAAGAUCUUAAGAAAGAUAACUGGAGAAAAAUAGGUAAUGAUGUGAGGACUCCGGGCGAUCCGGUUAACCAAGGAUUAUCGGCAAAAGCUGCAUCUGAAUUGGGUCUCCUAAAAGGAACAGCUGUGGGGACUUCUCUUAUUGAUGCACAUGCAGGAGGACUUGGUAUGAUAGGCUGUUCUGUACCUGCCAUGUCUUACAACUUACAAAGUAGAUUAGCAUUAAUUUGUGGCACAUCAACUUGCCAUAUGAUAGUUAAUGAGAAGAAACUUUUUGUUAAUGGUGUUUGGGGCCCAUAUUUCAGUGCCAUGGUUCCAGGAUUAUGGUUGAAUGAAGGAGGACAAAGUGUAACUGGAAAAUUACUUGAUCACAUAAUUGAUACUCAUCCUGCGACACCAGGAAUUUUGAAAAGUUUAAGCGGAAAUAAACAUAUACAACAAUAUUUAUCUGAAUUAUUACAAACGAUGUCUGAUCAAAAAGGCUUAAAAAAUGUUUCAUAUUUAACGAAAGAUAUUCAUGUAUGGCCUGAUUUUCACGGUAAUCGAUCACCUUUGGCUGAUCCAACACUUAGGGGAAUGAUAUCAGGACUCUCUUUAUCAGUUGAUCAAGAAAACUUGGCACUAUUGUAUUUGGCAACAGUACAAGCUUUAACGUAUGGUACAAAACAUAUUUUGGAAACAUUAGAAGCUGCUGGUCAUAAAAUAGAUACUUUAUUAGUUUGCGGAGGUCUAAGUCAAAAUCCAUUAUUUAUACAAAUACAAGCAGAUGUAUUAGAUUUGCCUGUAUUAUGUCCUAUUGAAAAAGAAUCGGUACUAAUAGGAGCAGCAAUUCUUGGGUCUUAUGCAGCUAAAAAAUUUAAUACAAUGUAUGAUGCUAUUAAAGCAAUGGGAGGAUCUGCAACUAUGGUUAAACCUACAAGCAAAUGCUAUAAGUAUCAUCUUCAAAAAUAUCGAGUUUUUCGAAAGAUGGUGCAAGAUCAAAAUGAUUAUAGAGAAAUUAUGAGUGAAGAAUUUUUAUAAUUACUAUCAUAGAUGGUGCAUUUGUACUUAUUAACACUAUGGUGAAUAAAAUGAGGAAUUAUACAUAAAAAAAAUCUCUUAUAGAAUCUCAUAAUUAGCAAAUAAUAUAAAAAAAUAUGAUAUUUCUUAUACAACUUUUUUAAUUAAUAUUUUAUAUAUAUUAUUAUGUUGAAAUAUAUUUUUGUUAUCUAUUUUAUUUUUUAUCUUUAUUUGUUGUAAAUAAAGAUAUAUAUGGAAACA